GCCACGUUUUCACAUUAUUUGCCUAAUGAAAUGUAGGGUCCUCAACGGCCCACCCUUUCUCAUUCAUUUCAUGCUUCCGAACCGUUCGUAAUAUAUUUAAUGCGCUUGGCAACAAUCUGCAAUGCGACAUUCAGAAAACAUUCAAAAGUAAAAAGAUCGUGUGCAAGCGCAACACUCAUUCAUGCGCCUCUAUAAGUAGUUGGAUCAGCAGCGGACUUGUGUCUUCGCAUAACUCCCCUCCGCUCCCGGGCCUCGUCGGAGUUGGGGAUCUUUUCCACGUUGCCUAAAACCCCCAAUCACAUUGGGUAUGGCUACUCCAUAUGCACCCAAAAACAUCCUUAUUACUGGCGCUGCUGGAUUCAUUGCAUCUCAUGUUGCAAACCGUAUCAUCCGGAACUACCCUGAUUAUAAGGUCAUUGUCCUUGACAAGCUUGAUUAUUGUUCAAAUCUAAAGAAUCUUAACCCCUCUCGAUCAUCACCCAACUUCAAGUUCAUCAAGGGAGACAUCGGCAGUGCUGAUCUUGUCAACUUUAUCCUCAUUACCGAGUCCAUUGAUACAAUAAUGCACUUUGCUGCCCAGACACAUGUUGACAACUCUUUUGGCAAUAGUUUUGAGUUCACCAAGAACAACAUUUAUGGCACCCAUGUGCUUCUAGAGGCCUGCAAGGUCACUGGCCGAAUUAGGAGGUUCAUCCAUGUAAGUACGGAUGAGGUUUAUGGGGAGACAGAUGAGGAUGCAGUGGUGGGGAACCAUGAGGCUUCUCAGCUUCUUCCAACAAACCCUUACUCUGCAACUAAAGCUGGGGCAGAAAUGCUUGUUAUGGCGUAUGCACGGUCUUAUGGGUUACCCGUCAUAACAACUAGAGGGAACAAUGUUUAUGGGCCCAAUCAAUUUCCUGAAAAGCUAAUUCCAAAAUUCAUUCUUUUAGCCAUGAGAGGUGAGCCUCUUCCAAUUCAUGGGGAUGGAUCUAAUGUGCGGAGUUACCUCUAUUGUGAAGAUGUUGCAGAGGCUUUUGAAGUUAUUCUCCACAGGGGUGAAGUGGGCCAUGUCUACAAUAUUGGAACUGACAAGGAAAGGAGAGUUAUUGAUGUCGCGAAGGACAUUUGCAAACUAUUCUCAUUGGAUCCACACAAGGUUAUUAAAUUUGUAGACAAUCGGCCUUUUAAUGACCAGAGGUAUUUCUUGGAUCGUCAAAAGCUAAAAAACUUGGGAUGGUCAGAACGAACUACAUGGGAGGAGGGUCUAAAAGAGACUAUGGAAUGGUACACUAGCAAUCCAUACUGGUGGGGAGAUGUCUCCGGCGCAUUGCUUCCACAUCCAAGAAUGUUGAUGAUGCCAGGGAGCGACCGAAAAUUUGAUGGGCCUGAUAUUAGUAAUUCUGCAUCCUCACUCAUAUCAAGCACUCCUAUUCAGAACCAGAAGAUAGUUUCAGUUGCUGAAAACAUAUCUGCUCAAAAUCCCUCUCUGAAAUUCUUGAUUUAUGGUAGAACAGGGUGGAUAGGGGGCCUUCUUGGUAAGAUAUGUGAGAAGCAAGGGAUACCCUAUGCGUACGGAAAAGGGCGUUUGGAGGAACGAUCACAGCUGUUGGCAGACAUUCAAAAGGUUAAGCCAACCCAUGUUUUCAAUGCUGCUGGAGUGACUGGUAGACCCAAUGUGGAUUGGUGCGAGUCUCACAAACCAGAAACAAUUCGCACCAAUGUUGUUGGUACCCUAACCUUGGCAGAUGUUUGCAGAGAGCAUGGGCUCCUAAUGAUGAAUUAUGCUACUGGUUGUAUAUUUGAAUAUGAUGCUAAACAUCUGCUGGGAUCUGGAAUUGGGUUCAAAGAGGAGGAUAAACCAAAUUUUACCGGUUCCUUCUACUCAAAAACAAAGGCCAUGGUUGAAGAACUUUUGAAAGAAUAUGACAACGUCUGUACCCUAAGAGUCCGAAUGCCAAUAUCAUCUGACCUCAGCAAUCCACGAAACUUUAUCACAAAAAUUUCACGAUAUAGUAAAGUGGUUAACAUUCCAAACAGUAUGACUGUCUUGGAUGAGCUUCUACCCAUUUCAGUUGAGAUGGCCAAAAGAAAUUGCAAGGGCAUAUGGAACUUCACAAAUCCGGGUGUUGUGAGCCAUAAUGAGAUUCUGGAGUUGUACAAGAGCUAUAUAGACCCCAGUUUUGAAUGGGCUAAUUUCACAUUAGAAGAUCAAGCCAAGGUAAUUGUUGCCCCUCGAAGCAACAAUGAGAUGGAUGCAUCCAAGUUGAAGAACGAGUUUCCUGAGUUGUUGUCGAUCAAAGACUCCCUGAUUAAAUUUGUCUUCGAGCCCAAUAAGAGAAACUUUGCUGGUGGAGUGCUGAAUUAAGCAAAUUUUGGAUUUGACCUUCGCAUUUCUUGUUUAGGUAGCAGUGUUGGAUUAUAUUCAUCCUGUUAGCCAUAUUGUUGAUCAAAGACUCCCUGAUUAAAUUUGUCUUUGAGCCCAAUAAGAGAAGCUUUGCUGGUGGAGUGCCGAAUUAAGCAAAUUGUGGAUUUGACCUUUGCAUUUCUUGUUUAGGUAGCAGUGUUGGAUUAUAUUCAUCCUGUUAGCACAUAUCGGUCUCCAUCGAUGCCUUCAUUUCAUCAUUUAUAUUAUUCUGCUAUAAUACUAUAAAGUUCUGUGGAGCAGCAUUGAGCAGCUGAGUGAUUACAUCUCAAAUGUCUACUGCAAGCUUUAAGCCAUCUUCAGAAUUUAGUUUAUGAAGCUCUGCCUCUAUAUUAAGUUGCUUAUUUUUCAUUUUGCUGUUGGAUUUAAACUGAAAUAUGUAUGCUGGUAUUGAGUAAAUUUGAUUGACUCAUUUCAUGUGCCCACUGUUGGUUCUGACCAGAGAACUAAUAAAAGGUUGAAGCUUUGAAGCUCUAUAUUUCAUACUAUUUUCUCCUUGAACAAGGGAUGCAAGUAUUUUGUCUGAAGAAA